AUCAGUCAUCGACAAACCCUUACGUAUUUAUUAUGUUUGUGUGAGGUUGUGUUCCAAUUUCUGAUUGGAAAACGCGUGAAUCUUUGAUGAGACGCGCGCUGCGACCUUUGUCGCUUGGUUUCGAGGGUGGAGGGUGCAUGUCGGGGCCUGCCUCAGCUCACAAUCGUUCGUCAUUUCGUUUGGCAACCAUCGACAAACGCUCCUAACACAUUAAAAGUGAAAGUUUUCAUUUUAAAUCAUAUUUUAAUGAAAAAAUUAAUAAAAAUUUGUUGUUGAGUGUUAAUUUUGUGGCAGGUGUGCGGCGCACGUGCAAGUUAAUUGAAUCGUAUGCCACUUUAUGAUUGAUGAACAAUUGUCGAAGCGCGUGCGGGAUGCGGUUAUUAGUUGGUUUAAUAAUAAAGUGUCUCCGUGCGGACGCCGGGUUGUAUAUAAGGGAUGAUGGCAAUCGUCAACCGCCAGCCGCGUCAAUAUGCUGCUUGUGAGCGUGUGUAUUGCGCUUGCCGUGCUGUUUCAGCCGCCUCCGGCGCACGGCGAUAACUUUCCAUCGUUGAUUACUACUAAUGCUACUUUAGCUAUAGUUAUAGACAGGGAGUACCUCGCUGAAGAAUUCGACGCCAUUAAAGGCAGCAUUGAGAAUUAUCUUGUGUUUGCAAAGCGAGAAAUACUCAAACACGGCGGUGUGAAUGUUAAUUAUUACACUUGGACGAGUAUAAACGUCAAAAGAGACAUAACCGCAAUUUUGAGCAUUGCAUCAUGUAAAGACACGUGGAAAUUAUUCAAAGCAUCAUCAGAAGAGAAUAUUUUACACAUGGCGAUAUCAGAAACCGAUUGUCCCCGAAUGCCUUCAGAGGUAGCAUUCGCCGUACCACUGGUAAAAAAUGGUGAAGAAAUGCCACAAAUCAUCCUCGACCUUCGCACGUCGAAAGUGCUCAGCAAGUGGAAGUCCGUGACGAUCCUCUACGACUCGACCUUAGAUCGUGACAUGGUAACCCGCGUGCUCACAGCAGUAACCAAAGAAUCCGAAGCGUUGAAAAAAAACUCUGCCGUGUCGGUCCUCAGGGUAGAUUCCAGCGGUACCACAACCGAACGCCGCAUCGCCAUUAAACACGCUCUGGAAAGCGUGAAUAUCAAAACAAUGGGCACGAAUUUCAUGCCGAUUGUCAGCAAAGAAUCAAUGGAACUCAUGAUGGACGUCGCUAAAAGCGCUGGAUUAGUGACGCCAUUAACCCAAUGGUUGUACAUUGUCUCUGAUACUAACAACACAAAAGAUAACAUAAGCAGUGUGAAGAAAGUGUUAUCAGAUGGUGAUAACAUCGCAUUCGCUUACAAUACAACCUCAGGUGGUACCACAUGUCUCGGCGGGUUGCAGUGUCACGCUGAGGAAAUCCUCGAAGCUUUCUGUAAAGGUCUCGAGGCUGCAAUCAUCGCUGAAUUUGAAUUAGCUAGUCAAGUAUCCGAUGAGGAAUGGGAAGCCAUCAGACCUUCCAAACAAGAACGCAGAAAUUCUCUGCUUGGUAGCGUUAAAAGUUUUCUAUUGCAAUACGGUACGUGUGACAAUUGCACGAAUUGGAAGUUCCAGGCGAGUGAGACCUGGGGCCGUGAGUUUCUGACGUCUUCCAAGCAGAAGGAAAGUGAACAGUUGCUGCAUGUGGGAUCAUGGCGGCCGAGCGAUGGCGCGUCGAUGCACGACGAGCUCUUCCCGCACGUUGCGCAUGGUUUCCGCGGCAGAAAACUACCGCUGGUUUCUUUUCAUAAUCCGCCAUGGCAAAUAAUAAAAUACAACGAUACUGGUGUAGUGGAACAUUCCGGCAUUGUUUUUGACAUUAUCCGCGUCCUGGCGACGAGUUUAAACUUCACAUACAGUGUGGAAGUGUUACAGGUGCAUAAAUCAGCGCGUAACGUCACUUCCGCUUCGAUGUUUAACCAAACAGUCGAGGAAGCAGCCGUUGAAAACCUUGAAUUAUCCGAUAUCAACACACAUUUGAUACCGGAUAAAAUCGUGCAGAUGAUUCAAAGCCGGCAGGCGGCGAUGAGUGCCGCUGCUUUCUCCAUCACAGAAAAUAAUAAACAAUUCGUUAAUUUUACCAUGUCUAUUACAACUCAGCCGUAUACUUUUCUAGUAGCACGGCCGAAGGAACUAGGAAGGGCGUUGUUAUUCAUGUCGCCAUUUAAUAAAGACACAUGGUUAUGUCUAGCUGCAUGCGUCAUAGCAAUGGGUCCGGUUUUAUAUUUCAUUCAUAAAUUCAGUCCGGUGUAUGAAUACAGAGGAGUGAGUAAAGCUGGUGGCCUAAGUUCGAUACAGAAUUGUAUUUGGUUCAUGUACGGUGCAUUACUACAGCAAGGUGGAAUGCAUUUACCAUCAGCUGAUAGUGCCCGAAUAAUCGUCGGUUCCUGGUGGUUGGUAGUCCUGGUCGUAGCUACAACCUACUGUGGUAACUUGGUUGCAUUCCUAACCUUUCCAAAAAUUGAUAGCCCAAUCUCCACAAUUGGCGAUUUGCUUGAAAUGCGCGAUACAAUUUCGUGGAGCAUAAGUCCCGGUUCAUAUUUACAAUCAGAAAUAAAAAUAUCCAAAGAACCGAAAUAUCGCACUUUAUAUUCUGGUUCUAAUUCAUUAGACCUACAUUCAGCGACAAUGUUGCCGUUAAUUCAAGAAGGCAGACAUGUUUAUAUCGACUGGAAAUUACGGUUGAUGUAUGUGAUGCGAAGAAAUUAUCUUGUUACGGAUAAAUGUGAUCUUGCGUUAGGUACUGAUGAGUUUUUCGAAGAACGACUUGGUUUAAUAGUCGCGCCUGGAAGUCCUUAUCUACCACGAAUAAACGAAGAAAUUAAGAGACUUCAUCAAAAUGGUUUGAUUGACAAAUGGCUGAAACAAUACAUGCCUAAAAAGGAUAAGUGUUUCAAAGUGCGGAAUGUUGCCGAAGCGAACAAUCACACCGUCAACAUGGACGACAUGCAAGGAAGUUUCUUUGUUUUAUUUUUUGGAUUUAUUCUUGCUUUAAUGUGGAUAAUCGGCGAAAAACUCUGGUACAAAUACGGAGUGAAAAAGAUUGCCAAAGUGAUACAACCAUAUUCAUCAUAAUAUUCAUCAUCUAAUCUAUCUAAUAAGUACUAAAAUAUGUAGUAUUACUAAAAAUACUAUUAUACACUAACAUAACCUAUAAUUUUCCUGUCAUUUUUUGUGUUUGUGUGUGGUUAUGUUGUUUUUAAUACCAAUAUUAGAAUUU